AUGACGGACCCAGACCUCAACAAUAAGCUCGAUAGACUACUCACUCUAUUGGAAGCACAGCUAGAGCUUACCAGACAGGGUCAUCGAGAGGAACGAUUACAACGAGCUCAACUGAGCAGGGAGGAGACAAUGGACCUCUCUCACUCAGAAGACCAAGCAGGAGGAGGAGAUGAGUCUAUGAUAGGAGACCCACAUACUCCUACUCCAGCUCCACGACCAAGACGAUCAGUCUCAUUCAACCUGGAUGAGCAGGAGGACAUCAACUACGAGAAGUAUGCUUCACCUACGGGGCCAAGAUAUGUCAAGACUAAGCUGGACCCCUACAGCAGGACUAGGACGGAUCCUUACCCCCUGGACCACGAGGAGGAUACCAGCAUCAUGGCAGAGCUUAACCGGUCAAAGCCCAUUGCCACCCCCUUUCCAAAGUUCAAUCCCCGAGACAUGGAGAUCUUCAUUCUAGAAGCCGAAGCAUGGUUUAAGUUCAACCAGGUGUAUGAGCAGUCUAGGAUGAUCAAUCACAUGGGUGCUCAACUGGAAGGGACAGCAAGAGAGUGGUGGACCUCCAAGCUCCGUAUUGAUAGAGCUAGAGAAGGAAGGUUGUUCAAUGAUUGGCACUACUUCACAGAGCGACUGUCAGAGCAGUUCAACCCACGCAAUGCUAGGAUGGAGGCAUACAACAAGCUGUUGGCUCUCAGACUCACAAGUGAUGUGUCAGGGGUCUCGCGCCUGAAACCCAGGUCUGGUGUGAGUGUUGAUGAUGAUGAGGUUGAUGGUGUUGGUGAUGGGAUUGGUGAUGUCGAUGAUAAUGAGGUUGAUGGUGUUGGUGAUAGGAUUGGUGAUGUCGAUGAUAAUGAGGUUGAUGGUGUUGGUGAUAAGGUUGGUGGCGUCAACACGAGUGUCCAGUGUGUUGACUUGAUGCUUGAAGUGAUCCCCGGACCGCAGUGGACUACUGCCUUCGGUUCUAUCUAUAUCCGGACCGCUAACCUGCUAUGGGCGCCUUCGGACGUCAGGUAG